UUGUCCGUUCUCGACGUUUGGAGGCGCUGGCUUGAAGAAGGGGGAGGAAAAGUAAGGAGUACAGAUGCCCAGAGAUGUGUACCGCACACGAAAAACCGAACAAAUAAAGGUGCUCUAUAGUGUUCCUAGUAGAAAUGGGAUAUAAUUGAAGAUUAGCCUGAAAAAUAGUGAGACAGCCAAGCCCCAGGUUCAGUAAGGCAGGGCUUUGCGUUGGCUUUUGGGAAAUGGAGUUGUCAUGCUAACUACGCGGCCUGUUUGCGACGGAAACUACAACUCCCAGAUGCCACCGCGACACUUGUCUUUUUGCCCGCGAACAAACGAUUCUGGAGGCCGUGGUUAACUGGGAGCGUCCGUCUGACAAUGGAUUCUGAAUUAUCACACAGUAUGGUUGGGAGCUAUCUUAAGCCUCCAGAAAGAACGUAUCUUCCAUCAUUCACACAGAAUGAAGCAGUUCAGAAUUACCACCCUGGGAACUCUCCUAAGAUGUUUAACAGUCCAAACAACCAAGCACUUGUUUCAGCAUUAAAAACUCUCCAGGAGAAGAUUCGUUGUCUUGAGCUGGAGAGGACACAGGCUGAGGACAACCUGAACCUUCUGUCCAGAGAAGCAGCGCAGUAUAAGAAGGCUCUGGAGGAGGAGAGCAAUGAGAGGAACCUGGCACACGAGGAGCUGAUUAAACAGAAGAAAGAUAUAAGCAUACAGUUAAGCUCAGCCCGGUCUCGUUGUAUUCUCCUAGAGAAGCAAUUGGAAUAUACAAAGAGAAUGGUUCUCAGUGUAGAACGAGAAAAGACUAUGAUCCUAGAACAGCAGACCCAGCUUCAAAGGGAAAAAGAACAAGAUCAGAUGAAGCUGCACGCUAAACUUGAAAAGCUCCACAUCUUAGAAAAAGAGUGUUUGAAACUGACGGUGACUCAGCAGACUGCGGAGGAUAAGAUUAAGUAUCUAGAAGAGAAACUAAAGGAGGAGGAACAUCAGCGCAGGCUGUUCCAGGACAAAGCGUGUGAACUUCAAACUGGAUUUGAAAUCAGCAAGAUUUUAAUGUCCACAGUUUCGAAUUCAAAGCAUUGCAAGGAAAAGAAGAAACUCCCAAAGAAAACUAACUGUUUAAAGAGAGGGCCACCUCAGCCACCGGACCACAAAUUUCGAGCGCCGGCGUUUGAGCGAGCGAAGCCUUUCAGAACAACUGCCCAGACUAGAGCUAACCCUCAUAGCUCAGGAGAGCCCGUUUCCAUUUGUGACAGUUUGUCUGAACUCUUGAUGACAAUGCAAGAGGAGCUGGACCAAAUGAAUAUGGAGCACAGAGAGCUCCUGAGACAAUUGAUGCAGACUGAGAGCCAGUCAGUCUCUGAGGACAUAGAGCAAGAGCUGGAGCAGUUAGUCAAGAAGAUGGAAAGCAAAGGCGACCAGAUCUCUCUGCUUAAGAGGCAUCAAGACAGUGUCCGUAAAUUGCAAGAAAAAGUUGAGAACUCAAGGAUAAAUGAAUCUUCAGGUAUCCAUGGCAACCCUAAAGGAUCAAAGAACUUGAAAAACAGCCCCCGGAAAUGUGUGAGUGAAACCAGCGCUUUUCAGAGAAACAGAAGCUUUCAACCAGUGCAGGUCCACAGCCUGCAGACGAAGCUGAGGCGGGACGACAUCAAGUGGGAGCAGUGACCACCACGGCAAACUGUCUGUCACGUAAAUGAACCUCACCAGUGAGGCCUCAUGCCGUCUCCGUGGUUUUUAUUUCAUAUGCUCUUGGGAACCCUUGAAUUAUGUUUCUGGCUGCUAUAAAAUGUGAAGUCGUACGUUUUCAGAAUAAUGACUAAAGACUUACCAGGGUUCCCGGAAUGUAAAUGACUGCUUUUCAUUGUUAUUAACCAAAGGCCCUGACCUCAUGAAGCUCUUUAGAGGCAUUUACUUUGCAGCUCCCGUAAGGUAAAUCCAAGAAGCUGUACUGAAUGGGUACUCCCUGAAAUCAAGUGAAUCUGACCUGUGGGUACCAUUCCACAGUUGGGUUUAUGUAGGCUGUCUGUCACCUGUAGAUCCACAUGGUAAGACCAGGAUCCCAAGCGUUUGUGUGACUUCCCUGGAACUGUCACCUACUUUGUCUGACAUCCCAGUGGCACUCUUGUUUGCUCUGUUUGGAGAGGGAGAACACAGGCCUCCUGCAGUUUUGUGGGAAUGACAGCCACAAAAUGGAAUGCAUAACUGAUUACGUUUUGAAGAUAGCACUAAUUCACCUUUCUUCCUCUGCCACACCCGUUCUCCUUUUAAACUCCAAUUGAUUUUAUCCUACUCUUUUAUAACUGUCCUGUUUUUUCACUCAUGUUAUAUGUGAUUUACAUCCGUGUAUGACAAUGUAGAUGUCUAGGACCCAAGAAGGUAAUGGGAUUCUAUAAGAAGAAGUUAGGCAUUUAACUAACUUUAUCCACAGGAGAAAAUGAAUUAGGUAAAUGUGGUGUCUCCUUUUAUACUUUAAAAUCAGUGAUGUCACAAUGGAUUUCUUUGUUGUAUACACAUGUUACAUAAUAAAUUUAUAAUUUUUGCCUUUCUAAAA